UUUAUUUUCCCUUAUUAUUUUUAUUUAUGUGACAUUAAUAAACAUAACAUGACUUAGGAUACUUUCAAAGUCAGUGUAGUUGUAGUGAUUGGGACUUUUACAAGAUUGUGAUUAAAAGAAUUUAACCAGUCAUUGAAGACGCUCUUCAAGUGUGUGUGUAGAAUUGUAGUCCCCUGAAAAAAAAAGCUAAAUCUUUACAAGUAAAUGCAAAAUUUUGAGGCAUAAAUGCAGUAUCCUGAAGGGUAGUAUGCUAAAUGCCAUGCACUGAAGAGUGGCUUACAAUGACGACACCCAUUACUUGUCAAAAUGUCUUUUGACCUAAUCAUGUGUCUUAAUUUGGUGUUAAUGUCCUUAACCUUGUUUUAUUUAAACAUAAUAAACUAAAAUACUGAAACCUAAUUACAUUUGUUGUAUAAAGAUAUUAUCAGUGCGUAUUCAAGUAUUAGCACCUGCUACGGGUGGUUGUGCCUGCUGGUGCCUCUGUUGCAUGACCAGUGCAGCUGUAGGGGUAAAAACGUGGCAUCGUACUGAGGAGGGUCUCACUGCAGUUGUUUGCAUCGUAAUCCUUCUUUCGGGUGUCGGUUACUGAGUCAUUGUCUCAUACAUAAAGUCUUGAGAGUCACAGGAUCGUCAUCUGGCUUCACGCUCAUCGCUGAGGUUGAUCCUGAGCAUUAGCCCAACAAGCUUGUCCAUUGUUUACGAUGAUGCAAUAUUCAGUUUUACAUUUGCAUGAGACAAUUAUAUUAUUAUUAUUUUUGUGCAGUAGAUUUAGGACAGCAUAUUAUUAUCUCACCUAGGUCAAUCAGGUCUGCAUUGUAGUGUCCGCUCCUGCUCCUUCUUGACCUCUUUCAGCCCACCUUAGUUUUGCCAGAUAGUUUUGUACCUUUUCAGCCUCUUCUGAAGUAUUGUUCGCCUCCUUCAAUACUCGCGUCCGUGUAGUCAUUCCUAAUCCUCUACCUGUAAUUAUGCACCAUCCUUUAUAACGCACAGCCUCCUUCAUCCUCGUACUCACCUCCUCUUCAGGAGCAUGCACUCCUUACUUCAGCAAAGGGAUUCAUCAGUUGGAGACGUUUGUACAUAAGCACAAGUCUCCUUAAGCCCUGUGACAGCACCAGUAAGUUGUUGUGCACGACGAACGACAUGUAAGGUGUAAGAUUUUCCAAAAAUGCACCUCCAGAACGCUUGUAGAUGUUGACCUCCAGCACCAGGACAUGAAAAACCUUCACUCUCAAGUUUCUUCAAGCUAAGGUCACUCGGCACAGCCCAUUUCCACCAAGGAACAAGCUCCAGCACCAAAUUCCCUUUGAAGGCUCGAGGCUAUUCAUGCAUUGGGUGCAAAGCUUAGGCCUUGAGAACACAGCAAAGUAGAAGAUUCACCGCAUGCUUUAUAUAUUUAUGUUUCUUCAGUUAUUAAAAGUUGUCUUUUGUGCGUUACUCUUUACAGACGAGUACUUCGUGGUGUAUUCAGACCUGGACCUUGGUCUUCACCACCCAUCCCUCUCAGAUCUCAGCCCUUCCUACGACUCGCUGAGAAACAUGUCACCUCCGCCAAAGCCUCCUGUGCCCACUUUCGGGGAAAGAAAAAGAUCAGCCCCUUCCAGAGUUGUGAUUGCUCCUUCACCUCCACGGAGGAUAUCUUCAAAGUGGCACCCAUCCCUCUUGAAAAAUUACAGGGAUCGACCUCCUGUGCCAUCACCACGCUCAACCUCAGCAGAACGGGUUCGAGAAACUCGUGCUUUAUAUUCAUCAUGGCAUCGAGAAAAGGUUGCUCGCUCACGGGAGAAGCUCGGUAAUUCUCCUGUACGGACUAAUUCUUUAGGUAGAUCAUCCUCUCUAGCUAAACAGAGCAGUGAAGUUCGUGAAAACUUCCUAAAAGGCAGACGUGCCGUUUCUGAGUCACGUUUCACAAUAAAAGAUCGUGAGAAUUCUCCCCCUCGGAGAGCGUCACCCACAACUAAAAGUAUCUCACCUUCUAGGUUAUCAGAUAAAAGUGAAAAGUCGGAUGUUAAGUUGGCUCAGAAAGACUUCAAUUAUAACAAAACAUCUCAUAAAACAAGCAUUCAAGAACCAGUCGUGGUGUUUAAUAGAGGACAUAAUCGUUCUCAAAGUGCAGAUGUACCAAGGAAGUGGUCAAACAUAUCCAAUGAAAGUCGUACUAGCGUGACGCGCCAUACAGUUAGUAGUAUGAAUAAGAUAAAACGUCCUUCUCAGACCUACAUUCAUUUUGAUAACAGCAGCCCAACAUAUAGAAGUAGCAGUGUUGAGACUACUUGUAGGAGGAGGAGAAGUGGCUGUCUUUCUCCUGAGCCACAUCCAUCAUCUAGAAGGUCUCCUGUCAACAGGAAAGACAGUCGUCAUAGAGAAUCACCAUAUUCAGACAUGUCUGUUGAAGUUUCUGAUGAUAAAAAGUUGAAGCAAAGUGAAAGUUUCGACACAACACAAAGUAAUGAAACUGGCUAUUCGAGCAUGCUUGAUUUAUCGCCUUCCCCAACUUCAGAACGACAUGCUAAUGAAGAUCAUCGUCAAAAAAGGAGGUCUGAACCUCAUCCCAGGCCACAUUCAGCCCCAGCAAGACGUUCUCGUUAUUCUGCUUCCUUCAGUGAAAAGCGAAGUAAGUGGGAGGCCUUAGCUCGGGGGGAAUCAGUUAGUGGGCGCAGUUCUCAAAGCCCACCUCGCAGCACCUCACCUUUGCGAUCUUUGCAGUUAGUGCGACAAGUGAGCAGUAGCUUCAAAAACAUUCCAGCUGAAAUUUGGUCCUCUGGAUCAAGGCGCAGUAAAAGUUUAGAAGUGUUAACUCCAUCUCCUCAUUCUCAUCCCAAACGCUACCGUCAGUAUAUUUUAGAACUUCGCAAUGCAGCUCCUCGUAAUGUCCGUAUAUCCCAGUUGAGGCGGCUUUUCACUUCACUAGACCGUGUCCACCGGCUCGAGCGUUCAGUUAGCUUUGUAGAACUUUCAGCUGCAGAUAAUCGUGCUAAUGAAAUUGUAGACUUUGAGACUUGGAAAGGCAUGAGAGAAAAAGAGCGUAAGGCAAUGGAGUAUAAUGUCUUACUGAAAGAGUUGAAUGUAGCUCAGAAAGAGCAUGAAUUCUUAUAUAAAGUUACUCCUGACAAAAAGUGGGCUGGUGACUGCAGGCUGCGGGGCCGUGAUGUGAGUGUCCCUGAACUUAAAGAAAGAUUUUCAUCUAUGACAGAUAAUAGCUCAGAAAUCACACAUAAAAGGCGACAAGAACUUGAAAGCUCAAAGGACACAUAUCGCGGUUUAUGGCGAGGUUCAUCUGUGCGUGAUCUUUCACGGAUGUACCAAAGUCCUGAGCGAAAUCGCAGCAGCAGGCGCGGUUCUAGUUUGAGUCUUCCACGAGAAGAUUCGAGUAUGAGAGCCCGUGGUUUAUGGACUAGUUUGAGUUUAGAGCAAGUAAACGCUUUCCGUGACCACCUUACUGAGAUCUAUGGCUCAAUGCAAAGUAUUCGUUCAUGGAGGGAGAGGAAGCAAUUAGGCGGAGAGAAGCCUCAGGCUAAAAGUCAGCGGGAGUUGUCUACCCACGGAGUGAAUGUUACAGAAACAGGACAAGCAUUAGCGAACAAGCUUGGUACUCUUCAUGUGCGAACACCGUCAGAACCAUCGAGGAGACCGCCGUCUAGGCAUUCCUCUCCACCAAGAGCAACAAAGAGCUCCAGCAGCCUAAAUCAGAUAGAGGACCAACGAAGGCAACUUUCAAAACAGCUGUCAAUUGAGCUUCAAGAAAAAGUAUUAGAACAGCGAUCUGGCCGUUCCCUAGAGGCCACCUCUAAUGUAUUGAAUAAUCUUCAGGUUCCAGAUGAUGUUCCUUUAUCGUUAAGCCCUGAAAGUCUUUCCCGCUCUUCCCCAAGAACUUGUUACUCGCUUGAUAUAUCUGACUCUUCAGAACCAAAUUCCCUUAAUUCUGGUGACCAGUUUCUUUUGGUAGUACAGAAGCCUGCUAAAACUAGUCGUAGCCAUAGUCUUCCUCCUGAGCAAGUGAGUGACCCUGAAUCGAGUGAUUCUGAGGUGUCUGUCAGAACUGUUGUUCACAAAGAUGUGGCGGGCAAAGUUAAAUUUUUUGAGAAGAGAGCUCGACGAAAUUCUAGAUCAUCUGAACGCCAUUCUUCAAGAGGCAGCCGUUUGAAUGUGGAUGAAGUACCUCAUUAUGCCACUCUUCCAUCCCGCUUAAAGCAGCAAUCUCAAAAUAAGCUAUUAUCUCCAAACUACCUUCCAGAAAGGUCUGUUUCUUCUGUGAAUUUAGCCAAUAAAGCAGAUGUUGCUUCCCAAGCAUGGCAAAUUUACGAUAAAGCCAACCCCGUGAGUGGUUCAUCCGUACAGUGCAUAUCUGAACCUGUAAAAGAUAAAAAGGAACAAGCUAAUCCUACUUCUCAUUCUCGAUCAUAUCUUUAUCAUGUAAAAACAGGAGAUGUUAAUCGUUUAAAGGCCAGAUACGAAAGCCCGGAAGAUGCCAGGAGGGCACGCUCCCUACCCGACAUGAACGGUGCAUUGUCACGUGUAACGCCUAUUGGGAAGACAGUUGUGAGGGGUCAGGAAUCUGGUGAUGUCCAGUAUAUGCGGGCAAAAUAUGAAACACCAAGGCGGUCAAGGAGCCCAGAACGUUGGCAGCCUGCUCGAGAUGAAUACUUACCUAAGUCAAAAUUAACAUCUACCCUUCAAAGUUUAGCUGCUCGUUCCCCAUCAUUCCUUGAUCCAGAAACUGUAGAGAGACUGGCAAGAAGGGAUUCCGUAGAAAAAGCUGUGCUACGUCGAGUUCAUACCGGUAAUGUAGAGGCUUCUGUUGGUCGUUUUGAAAACCAAAAGCCUGAUCCUAAAUCAGGAGUAUCUAUCAUAGGUCAAAUGUACACAUCUGCUCCCUCAGUGAAUGAACUAGCUAACAUGUCUAACUUAGUACCACCAAGGCCUCCACCACCACUUUUAGGACCACAGAAACCUCAACGCCUAGCACGAAGUAACCCACAGCCUUUGUUAACUUCUACCCCCACACCAUCUCCCGUAGAUGCCCGAACAGCCCACAAGCAACGAGCGUUGCGCGUACCUGAACCUGUUUGUUCUCCACCCACUCAGGUUCAGCCACCAGCAGGACUAACUUCUACUCUAACACGCCCAUCCUCUGGUAGUUAUAACGCUGAUGCACACCGCCCAAAAUCCCGUUAUGUCCCACCAGAAUCAUACGGGUCCCCAACGAGAUCGUAUGGUCAGAGUUGGACCCAGUCCCUAGAAAGACCUCGUCGACUAACCCGCGCAAUGAAUCACUCCAGUCCCCAUUGCUCGUCUAACCAGCCCAGUAGCCAGAACUACAGCACCCUGCGAACCAGUUCUCCUCAUACCUGUACUCACCAUUCCAGGGGCUCUUACACUUCCCAAGUUGAUUACCACAGAUAUUCCCGCCCCCAUUCCUACUCCCACUCCUACUCACAGCCCACACAAUCCUACCAGUCCUACGCUCACUAUACCCAAAUUCCAGGACGGGAUCAGAACUACAACAGCAAGGCCGUGUCAUGGAAAGGUGCAAAAGUUAUUCAUUUUCGGUUGGGAAUGUAGAGUAUCACUCAGUUUCUUCGAGGUGCUGGGUUGUUUUUUUUUCUGGUAGUCUCAGAGACGCCUCCUUGUCUCACCAUACUCGGAUUAAUGAAUAUUGUUGCUGCAGGUCUUGGUUCUUUCCUCACGUAAUCCAGUUGUUUUCUUUAUUUUUUAGACAUUUUUCCAAUCAGCUUUUAUUUUUCUUAUUGCACGACUGAUCACGUUGGUAGGUUGUAGUUAUAGUUAUUUUAUUUACUUUAUUGGUAUGUUUAUCAAACUUUAUAUGAAUAAGGAUCUUGCAUGCUAAAUGACACUUAAUUUAUAUGAAUUGAUAUUUAUACAAUUAUUGAUUUAAAUGCCUUUUGUUGUUACAUCAUUAAAUUUAUUUUAAACAGUUUGACGAAAAGUCUAUGAGAACUGAAAUAUUUAAUCUGAAUUAUUCUUUAAUACCUUUGUUUUUUAUUUGUCGUACUGAAAAGCCUAUUUCACUAUUUAUUUCUGCACGCAGUACAAAAUACUUUUUGAGAGUAGUUCAGUAGGCAAUCUUUCACAGGCACCAUUUAUGUUAUGUAUCCCACAAUUUAUGAUCCGUUGAAAUGUAUUUGUUUUGCACAAUGUAUGAUUUCAUUUGGAUUUGUGUUUCUUGUAGUUUCUCCCUUGCAUUUUUUUAUUAUUUUUCUCUCACAGGUUUCCAUUUAUUUUUAUUUUUCUUUUUGUUUCUUCCUGUUUCCUCGAGAUCCGUCUCAGUAGCUUUUGAAGUUUCUUAAAACUCUUUGACUUUCGUUCGCUCGAAUUAUUUCGUGUGCUGUUUGUCGCCUUUUCCCUUUGAUUAUUUUUUUAAUUACGUCCCUCUUGUUUUCAUGCCUUUUACCUCGUCUGAAGGAACCAUCCACACAUCAUCUCUCUCUCUCUCUCUCUCUCUCUCAUACACACACUCACACACACUACUGUCUUACAGUUAGAAAUUCAAAUUUUUCUCUCCAUCCCCCUUUCUCAUUCGUCUAACACAACUAGUUCUCUCUCUCUCUCUCUCUUCUCCUCCUCCUCCAUUUUCUUCUUCUUCUUCCAGAUUACGUAACCUUUAAACCUUCUUCUGCUUCCAACAUAAUAUCACAAAAAUCCAUGUCUCUCUCCUGAACUUUUCUUACACCACCCUCCUCCUUCUCCUCCUCCUCCUCACUAUCACCACCACCACCACAACUAUCAUCACCACCACCAUCACCACCUUAUUGUUUGUUCAUCGUUUU